UGUUUACGGUGGUGUCGUGGUCAAUCGCGGCGCAGGCGGCGUUCAGUCACAGCUCUGCGGCAACUCCCGACGGACACGCGCACACUGCUCCCUCCUCAAACCGCAAACCUCUCGACGCUAACUCUCAGCGUUAAUCGCACGCGCAUACGCCGAUAACUACCGAUCACAAUGAAGAAUAAGGAAAAAGUGAAUAUAAAUCACUUAACAAGCACCGCGUUUACGAUCAGUCAAGACGGAAGUACUGUUUCGGAAGGAUUCGGAGUGUUCCAGUCUCGGGAACAAAUCUUGCCAACAGUAGACAGCAAAGCUCAACUUGAACUUGAAAAUGGGAAACUUUCAGCUGAAGUGGAACAGUUCGUCGUCAAACAUCCUACUUCCUACAUGGACACAAUGCUACACAUAUUCAAGGGCAACAUCGGGUCUGGGCUGCUUGCAAUGGGUGACGCUUUCAAAAACGGCGGGCUGAUAUUCGCACCUAUCAUGACCGCUAUUCUGGGUAUCAUCAGCGUUCAUGCACAACACUUAUUGCUAAACUGUUCAGACGAAAUGUACAAACAAUCAAAGAUAGACAAGCCUCCCGGUUUCGCGGCCACUGUGGGGCUGGUGUUCGCCCACGGACCCAUCCGGUUAAGACCCCUCGCUAACACCAUGAAGAUGAUAGUCAACACCUUCCUCUGCAUCACACAGCUAGGGUUCUGCUGCGUGUAUAUCGUCUUCAUCGCCAACAACGUUAAAAUGAUUUGCGAUCAAUACGAUAUAAACCUGGAUCUUUCAAUCCACAUGAUAUUUGUGGUGGUACCGGUGCUGGUAUCUUGUAUGGUGCGGAACUUGAAGUAUUUGACGCCGUUCUCUACGAUAGCCAACAUCCUUAUGGCAGUAGGAGUGAGUGUGGUGGUGUAUGAGGCGGCGCAGGAACUGCCCCCCGUCCACACGAGGGUAUACAUGGCGUCGUGGCGACAGCUGCCCUUGUACUUCGGCACAGCUAUCUACGCUUUCGAAGGCAUUGGUUUGGUGCUGCCCUUGAAGAAUGAGAUGCGACGACCAGAGUUAUUCCAGAAGCCGCUGGGUGUGUUGAACGUUGGCAUGGUGUUUGUUGGCAUGAUCUUCAUCACUGUCGGCUUCCUGGGAUACCUCAAGUGGGGCGAAGAUGUUGCAGGCAGUCUUACACUCAACUUGCGGCCUGGACAUGUACUAAGCAACGUCGUACAAGGUCUAAUAGCACUGGCGAUGCUGUUCACAUACCCGCUCCAAUUCUACGUGCCCGUUGACAUCACGUGGCCUGCAAUCGCCAAUAAAUACGCAGCUACUUCGCCCGUGGCUAAGGAGUUAGGAUACCGAGCGGUUCUGGUACUAAUCACUUUCGUGUUAGCUGAAUCGAUACCACAGCUGGGACUUUUCAUCUCUUUGGUGGGAGCAGUAAGCAGCACGGCCCUGGCUCUGGUGUUCCCACCGCUCAUCGAGAUGGUAUCCACGUCACAGAAACCCGGCGGCAUCCCAGUACUCAUGGCCAUCAAAGACACAGUCAUUAUCUUAUUAGGAAUAUUCAUAUUUAUAACAGGUACCUACGAAAGCAUAGCGUCAAUUGUAAAGGCGUUCCAAGAAUAAUGUAACUUUAAUUAUAUAAGAUAUGGCAUUCCAUUUUGUCGCCCAAAGGUACAGCUAUUAUAGUGAAAAACUUUUUAUAGUGAGUGAGUGAUUACUGUGUAAGUUCAUCUUUGAUAUUAGGAAGAAACUGAACACAAAGUUCGCAUUGUUAAGAUGUCUGAAUAUUUAAUAAUAUACUCCUUGCUACUGAAGUAAGUACUGAUUAGCGACUAUGAUGUUAUAAUAAGCUACUGCUCUGUCCACCCCACUAGGGGUUUCGAGCGUGUAUAUAUAUAUAUAUGUUCAUAGAAACGACACCUCCAGUAGGCAAAGCCACAAGUAUCGGUAGAUAAUAUGCGGCCACUUGUGAUUUGAAGUCAUAAGAUGGAUAAUAUGGCGAACAUAAUGGUGAGCCUAUGGUACGUACUGAAGGCAAACGGGCCACCAUGUUGGAGUGGACUUUAUCAUUAAGUAUACAAACAGCUGAACGUAUUCUAGGGUUUUUCACAUUUAGUCUAGCAGGAGGUGGCGACUGUAAGAUAUUAUAAUUCGUCAGUGAUAUUAUACGUAUAUUGUAUCCUUGUGAUUUGCCAUGUCAUAGUCGAUGCAGUGUUAGACGCAUGUUCAAGUGAUCAUUAUUACUCCAUUGUAUAGUCCCACGCCUUCACUUUUACCAUUGAUAGACUUAGUUAAACGAUGUUUUUAUACAAACCUACAUUAUUUUAUUGAUUAUAUAACUUAAGACAAGUCAACGUUAAAGAUAUAAUAUAUAACUUUAAUAUAAUAGUGUGAUGUGAUAAAUAUAUGAAUUAAUAUGUAAUCGACAUUAAGUACGCCUAUUGUGAAUGUUUCUUUGAAAUGUCACUAAUUCAAUCUAUAGUAUUAUUGUAAAUGAUUAUUGUUUACGUUGUUAAGUCUGUGAUACUGUAAGAUUGUAACCAUGUGAUGUUUUGUCCUAUAAAAUAAAUAAUUAUUAAGUAAGAACGUCAUGUCCUGUACUGUUGCUGUUAGUAAAGUUAACUUAAAAGUAUAAAUUGUGAAUUUAGUGUUAAUACUUGUGCCGGUAUUAAGCUCGCUGCACACAUAGUUGGCACCGGGAGCACGCCAAGCCGGGAUUUUUUGAAAUGGUUAAGUUUGCAAGCACGUGCUCACGAAGAAAUCCGUAUCAUAUAAAACCCCGCUCCCCGGCCUGCUCGCGAUGCCUCCUCUAUGCGCAUACGGCUUUAAAUGCAUAAAAUAUGCCUAAGAUAAAUAAAACAUGUUAAUUAUUGAAUUGUAUGCAUUUUAUUUGUUAAUUGCGUACAUUUUUUUUUAAACAAAUAAAUUGAUAAUAAAUA